GACCUACCAUUAUCACACGGGGGUGGGCACACAAAACCAGAAGGACUAUAGCGUCCGGUGGAGACAGACACAACAUGGCAUCGACAGUGAAAGGUUUGGUGGAAAGACUACGAGAUGGGGAGAACGUCCUCUGCGCGGAAGGAUACAUGUGGGAGCUGGAGAGAAGAGGCUUUCUCAAAUCCGGGGCCUUUACACCGGAAGUGGUUAUAGACCAUCCGGAAAGAGUUCGAAACCUCCAUGAAGAAUUUGUCCAUGCCGGAAGUGACGUUGUGGAAGCCUUUACGUAUUACGGUCACCGGGCAAAGCUGCGAAUGGUUGGAAGGGAAGAUGAUCUCGAGGCCUUAAAUCUCGCAGCUCUGAAGAUCGCGCGAGAUGUUGCUGACAGAACGGGAAAACUAAUGGCCGGAAACCUUUGCAACACAACGAUAUAUGACCCUGAAAAUACAGAGUCUGUGGAAGAGGUCAAGUCUAUAUUCAAAGAACAGGUAGAGUGGGCUGUUAAGGGCAAGGCGGACUACUUUAUUGCGGAGACAUUCGAUUCGUGCAGUGAGGCCAGCCUCGCUCUGGAGGCCAUCCGGAAGUAUGGAAAAGGUCUUCCAGCUGUGAUCACGAUGGCGGCCUAUGUCCCAGACAGAACCACAGACGAUGUCCCCUUCCCCCAGGCCAUGAGGAGGCUUGAAGAGGAAGGGGCGGCGGUCGUGGGGUUAAACUGUGCCCGGGGUCCGGCCACGAUGUUGCCACUUCUCAGGCAGAUCCGACAGGCUUGUAAGGGCCCUAUAGCCGCUCUUCCUGUCACCUUCCGCACCACGCCUCAACAGAAGUGCUUCCAGUGCCUCACAGACCCGGUGACAGGAAGCAUGGCGUACCCUGCAGAGUUAGCUCCCCUGCAGUGUACUCGAGCUGAGAUCCGCCAGUUUGCUACAGAAGCCCGGGAGUUGGGUGUACAGUACAUCGGUCUGUGUUGUGGCAGCGCUUCCUACUAUCUGAGGGAGGUCUCCAUUGCGUACGGUCGUAACCCACCAGCUGCCAAAUUUGAGCCUGAUCUUCAGAAGAGCAUACUUGUAGGGGACAUCAAGGCAUUCUCUCGAGGUGACAGAAUCAGUAAGCUGAGAGCCUUCAUGGUUGGUGACAUAAAGUCUUGAAACACGGACACAGUGGAACAGUUAUCUACACAUCAUCUUGAAGUAGACGCAAGGACGUGUAUUUUCAAGGAGGUGCAAAUCUUUAAAAUCAGACAAGAGUCAACAUACGACUCCAUCGUCAGGUUGACAAUGUGUUGAUAUCACGCACAAGGGCCAAGGGAUUCGCUUGGGAACGUAAUAAAUAGAUAUCUGCUGGUA